GGCACCCGCUCGGAAACAGCGGCAAUAGGUCGUCGCACGGAAGUCGGUCCGUUUCGUUGGUAGCCGCGGUCGAGAUAGGUCGGUCGGUCCCUCGCUACGCGAGUACCUCGCACACGCUCGCUUCCACUCACACUCAAUCCAACAUUCCACGGGCCGGGUCCUCUUACCGCCUCUUCUUCGACACUGCUCUCUGAGGUUCUUGAGUGAAGUCGCGAGACCAAAGAAAACGUCAUCAUGUACGCCUGCAGCCGAUUCAUCGCGCCCAUCGCCAAAUCCACCUUGGUCUCCGGCAGCAAGACCUACUUGCGGCCGUUGAGCAGUGCCGUAUUCAGCCAUAGUCGGUCUUUACAACAGGAUCAGAAACAGACGUCCGUCAGUUUGUCACCAAUUGUGCGUAGCUUCCAAACUUCCACAGUCAGUCGUGACAUUGAUUCCGCUGCGAAAUUCAUUGGAGCUGGUGCUGCCACUGUAGGAGUAGCGGGAUCGGGUGCUGGAAUUGGAUCCGUGUUCGGCUCGCUGAUCAUCGGCUAUGCCAGGAAUCCAUCCCUGAAACAGCAAUUGUUCUCAUAUGCCAUCUUGGGCUUCGCCCUGUCCGAGGCCAUGGGUCUCUUCUGUCUUAUGAUGGCUUUCCUGCUCCUGUUCGCCUUCUAAGCCACAAUAUCAUAAGAAAUUGCUGAUAAUAGUUCUAGUGCGUCACUGCCAAGGCAGCGUCGUCUGGCUCAACGGGAAAGGCGGCGGCUGCCUCUGGUGCGCGGGAUGCCAUGAAAUUAUUAGAGAAGCUCGCGAAAUUUUCGUGGUUCGGUGGGGUGCGACGGUGCGACAAUGAACAAGAGAGAAGCGAGAGUUUGUGUAUACCGAAACGGCUGUACACAUCCAUCAUCGUCAGCGGACCGUCCCGGCCCCUCCCAAGCCUUCAGCUUGUUUAUAAUCAUUUCAUGGCCUACUGUCUCAUGUAGCAUAACUCACAUUGUUAUAUAAAAAGUAACAGAUUUCAGUGUAACGAACGAAUAAGACAAAUUAUUGAAAGUUAAAAUUUGAAAAAAAAGAAGCGACUGUCUCACCCACACACACACACACACGCGCACCCACUCAUCCUGUUAGCGUCCCCGCGGGACAUAGCACUUCUCCGAGGUCUUUUUGUCAUCCAGAGGAUUCAUCAUUGUUGUGCCGUCGCGUUACGCACGUUGUUAAGGUAACUCUUGACGAUAAAAAAGAACUGUACAGUGAUACCGAAUAAACAUCUUUGUCGU